AUGAGCAAAAAAAAACAGUAUAUAGUAACUCUUUUAGCUAAAGGAAUUAUUUCAGAAGACUUGCAUUAUGGAAUAUAUGCACGAAAUUGGUGGGAACCGUGCAAAUUUAACGAAAACUGCAUAAAUCCAAUACCUUAUCGACUAUUUAUGUCUGUUAAUUGUUGUCUUAACGGUAAGAACUUUGCAAUAACAGUUAUUAAUGAUGAGCAAACACAUAACCCAUGUUUUCAUUGUAUUUGUGAUGGUAAAGAUUCCGGAACUCAACUAACAGCUACUGCAGCUAUUAAUAACACGUAUAGCCAAAUUUUUAGUAAUAAAACAAAGUAUUCAGGAUUAGCUGUAAUGGGAUUUGAUAAUGAAGCAAUUGUUCAUGAGUUAGUAGCUGAUAUUUCAUUUAUUCCAAUAUUUAUUCGCUUAGAUCAGAUAUUAAUUGUAGUUAGUAAAAUUGGUGUUUCAUCUC